GUGCCGAUACCUGAAUGUGGGUGGUUUAGAUUCUGGUUAAUAGGCUUUUCUCUAUGUAGGGUUUUCCUCCCUUGGAAAAUUUUUUUUCUUUUUGACCAUUACUGGAAAGACUCUUUUCUUAUUGUGGGAUGAUUCUUCUCGAGGUUUCUUUUAAAAAAGCAUGGCCUUUCUCCUCCCUAAUAUCCUUACUUCCCCAGAUUUCCGCCUUAAACGUUGAUCUUUGACUUUUUUUUUCUAAAUGUGCUUUUGAUCCUGAAUUAUUUUUUAAUUUCAAUUCUUUUUUUCAGUUCACUUACAACAUUUUUUGAAAGUCUUUACCAAGCUUUGGGGAAAAUUCGUAUUGAAGGACGUCCAUUCACCGAAUUUUUUGGUGAUUGUAUUUGUGUUCGUUUAAUCUCUGCACUUGAAAAAGGCUGUCUAAAUCCAGCAAUUCCAUUCGAUAAGGAUAAGGCAACUAUUGUUUAUGGUGAACUUAAUACUCUUAUUACAGAGUUUCUUCAAUUUAUGAAGGACAAGGCUUUCUUUACUCCAUCAGCAGAUGUUUUGUUUGAAAAUUUCUUCAAUAGUUUUGAUAGAAUUACAAUUGAUCGGCGUUGUCAUCAUUAUAUAACUACUGCAAGGGAAUUAAUUAAGCAGCCUUAUGUUGAUUUAAUUGAGGUUGGCUCUUCUACUGAUGAUUCUGAAGAAGGAGCAGCUGAGAUUGUGGCAAAAAUGAAUGAGCGCCUUAAAAUCACAUCUGAACAACCUCAUCAAUCUAAAGAUGUGCAUUGGGAUAAGGACCAUACAAAAAUUUAUCAAUUUCAUAAAUGCAAAAUUAGUGUGUCCACCUUUGAUUUGGUCAAUCUCGUAAUAGAAAUUUUAAAAUCUGCCUCAGAUUCUACCACAGAUCCAGAAGCUUGUCGUUUGGUUAAUACGGCCCGAAAUGUUUUGGAUAUGUUUGUUAAUACUGCUGCAGAUUAUCACAUGAAGGCUUUAACUUCUGUUCCUCAAAUUGCUGCUGUAUUCUUCAAUAACUGUCACUACAUUUGCCAUCGUUUAAUGACUUUGCCUGUUGAUAUUAUGCAAAGUAUGCUUAAAAUUUCUAAGAUCUCUCAAGAAAAUUGUUCAUUUACCGAUAUGUUUACCGAAUUGCGUACUUUGGGCGCUAAAACAUUGGAAAUUCAUAUAAUUCAUUCAAGACGUUCAAUUUCUACAACAAUUGGGGAAGUCGACAUUUUUGUAAAUUUGAGAGAUGAUAAACAACACAAACAUUGUAUUAAAAUUUUGCAAUCUUGUAUUCUUCAAAUUCAACAAAUUUCUAAUGUUUGGGUUGAGGUAAUGCCAAAAUUUGUUCUAGCCCAAUCUGUUGGUGCAAUUGUAUCUCAUUUGUUGGCUAUUCUUUCUGAUUUUAUUUUGAGCAAAGAAGAUAUUGCUUCAAGGGAUGCAGAAAUUAUAGCUGAUUUACUUGAGUCUUUAAUUGAUGAAUGCAAAAAGAUUUUGAUGAUUGACGAUAAACCAAUGAUUCAAAAAGUUUGUGAAGAGAGUUAUUAUAUGCUUAUUGAAAUUAUUUUUUGUUUGAAGAGUAAUUUAUCGGAAAUUGGACAUCGUUGGUGUCAAGGAAAAGGGCCACUUGCAAAUUGGUUAACUCCACACCAAGUGAAACAAUUAAUUCGAGCUUUAUUCCAAAAUACUGAAAAACGGGCGCAGCUUUUGACGCAGAUUAAUUAAAUUUUUUGUUUGAAAUAUGUGUCUAUACCGUGAUUGCUUUAAUUAAACCCAUUGGGCUUUUUUUCAAUAGGUUUCUUUCUUUUAUUAGAGAGGGUUUUGGGCUUCUAUUGAAAAGAGGGUUGUGCUUUUUUUUCAAAAGGUUUUUUACUGGGCUUCUAUCAAGAGGGGUACGUUUAUUUUUCAACGGCCUUUUUAUGUUGGGCUCCUAUAAGAGAGGGGUGUUUUUAUUAGAGAGGGUUUUUACUGGGCUUGUAUUAGAUUUUUUCAAUGGCCUUUUUGUUUGGGCUUCUAUUAGAGAGGGAUGUUUUAUUUUUCGAUUGGGCAUCCCUGG